AUGUCCUCAACUACUUACGAUCCCACUCCACUCUCACCUUCGUCUCCCCGACAACUACCCAAACUCCGCUUGAUGCUCAGCACAUCUACCACCCGGAAGCCUAGCAGAGGACAUAAGAGACAUAGGGAGGAUAGCAUUGAGGUUGAGGACGAAGAUCAGCCAAGAGAGGAGAAGAGACCUACUAUCAAAUUGAGAUUCAGAAAUCCAACUCCCUCCUCCAGUAUCAAAACCAAAAAAGAUUCGCCUGCUCACACGACCUUGACCUCCACGCCUACCUAUAUCUCACCCUUUGGAGAAUUAUCUGGUUCAUCAAGCCGAAUGGAUAUUGAUACCACCAGCAGGCCAUCCACACCUACGCCCACGCUCAAUUAUGAUACCCAGAGUGGUCUGGUGACUAAACGACCAAGAUCUUAUUCAAACUCAUCCUCGAUCAUUGGUUUACUCGUGGACGAAACCGAUACAACAUCCUCAUCACCUAUCGACGGGAACGGUUCGACUAGUGCUACAAUUAUACCCAGUACACCUAACUUAUCCUCAUCGAACAAACCUCAUUCACACAUACAUAUACCUUCUCCACUCGCAUCUACACCAAUCUUAGGUGUCCCUCUCGAACCACCCUCUCUCAGUCGAGCUGUAUCAGAUCCUUCUCCUUCAUCAAGCUUCUCGAGGGAUAUCGAUAUGAACCCCAGCCCCGUUCUCACACCUGGACCUAUUGAUGGUAAACUGACGAAGACGCGACAUAAGCUGUUUAUGGCUGAGGUAGAAGCGCUCGGGACGGAGAUGAACAAUGUCUUCAAGUUGGGUUAUGGACGAGGAAUGGGGAGAGCUCUGGGUGUGGGAGUAGGUGGGAGAGGGCCGAGUAGACUCAGAAGUGGGUUGCAGGCUCAGAUUGGUGGGCAUAAGGAUUGGAAGAGCAUGGAGGUGGACGAAUAA